AUGUCUAUUUUCCUGGGUGCCCACUCCCCAUAUGCCAAUCGCAGACGCAAAUCCAUCAAAACCAUCAUCACCAUCACUUUGCUCUUUGCCUUGUGCUUCUUUCCAUUCCAUGUGACAAGAACCAUCUUCUUCCUCCUCAAAGUGACCAAAGGGGUUCCAUGCAAUACUAUGACUAUGGUGUCCAUGUGCUACAAGAUUACCAGGCCGUUGGCAUCCUUCAACGCUUGGCUCAAUGCCCUCCUCUACUUCUUAACCAAAGACAAAGGCGGGGCGCAGUGUUGUGAAAAGGUCAAUCCACAGCAGCAGCACGCAGGGGCCCUCCUGGUGCCUCUCAGGGCCAAACCAGAUCCCGGAGAGGACGCAGAGAAAGAUGAGCCAUAA